AUGCGUCAGCGAACUACUGUGAUCGAAAUAGUUCCCCUGGUGUAUUAUAUCAAAAGACUAGUUAACUCUAUUCCAUUUUCAGAUUUGGACGACACGUUUGCCUUAACGAGUUGCCUAUACCGUUUUUGUGAAAAUAUAUCUUACGAAGGCCGUGAAUGCAUAGUCAACAGCGUCAAUACUGCAAGCGAACAUCCCGAAAUUCCUGCAACCCGUUUUCAGUGCCUUACGCCAAAUCAAGUUACUCCACCGGAUGCCUUUCUUCGCGCAAGUGCCAACAUACGGCAUGAAGAUUUGUGUACAAGGCAAACUCUACAAAUGAUUUGCUUUGUUAGGCGCUUUUCAGAGAAAGAUGAUUACGCGCCGCCAGAAAGGUUUUAUUAG